AUGGUAGAAAGUAAAUUAGUUUCGCUUCUAGCUGAAAAGGAAAACGGUUCUGUUGUUAAUGAAAGCUUAACUCAAAAUGCCACUACUAUACGUUAUCCUAAGCUUAAACUUCCGAUUUUUGAUGGGAAUAUUAAAAGCUGGUUAGGAUUUUGGGACCAGUUUAAAAAGAUUGAUAAUGAUCCCAAUUUAGAUGAUCAUGAUAAAUUUGCAUAUUUAUUGCAGUCUAUGGAAAAAGGGUCAUCUGCUGAAGAGUUAAUCAAAAGCUUUCCGCCCGGUGGCGAAAGUUAUAGUAAAGCUUUAGAACAACUGCAAUCGCGUUUUGGGAAAGAAGACCUUCUUAUAGAAGUCUAUGUUAGAGAUCUACUUUCGUAA